CCGGCGCGGCGCCGAACCCCGGCGGGUGUCCCAGGGCCGUCAUGGCGGCCCCACCGCCGUCAGUGCCGGGCGAGCCUUCGCCGCCCUCGCCGCCGCUGCAGUACAGCGUCCUGCUGGAGCACCUGGUGGGCGACAAGCGGCGGCCCCGCGCGUGGGAUCCCGCCGUCUUCGGCGGCAUCCCGUGCCCGCCCAAGAGCGAGGAGCAGAAGAUGGUGGAGCGGGUCAUGGAGAGCUGCCCCUUCAAGGCGGCGCUGGCCUGUGUGGGAGGGUUUGUCCUGGGAGGUGCCUUCGGGAUCUUCACGGCUGGGAUUGACACCAACGUGGGGUUUGAUCCCAAGGAUCCCUAUCGCACGCCCACGGCCAAGGAGGUGCUCAAGGACAUGGGGCAGAGGGGCAUCUCCUACGCCAAGAACUUUGCCAUCGUGGGUGCCAUGUUCUCCUGCACGGAGUGCGUGGUGGAAUCUUAUCGUGGGAAAUCAGACUGGAAGAACAGUGUUAUCAGUGGCUGCAUCACGGGAGGAGCCAUCGGCUUCAGAGCCGGGUUGAAGGCCGGGGUGAUCGGCUGCGGGGGAUUCGCCGCUUUCUCCGCUGCGGUCGAUUACUACCUGCGGUAACAGCGGGAUCCCUCGGGAGCAGCCUUCCCUUUAGCUCCAGUGCUGCUGCUGAGAGCCUGCACCGCAGCACAACCACCAGGCUUACCUUUCCACUGCCUCUGGAGUCCUGAUGAGCGCGAGCGGGACGGCGUUGGCCGCUUUUCUGAAUGACUAACAACGCUCUGGCUCCCAGCCCGGGCGAGCUGCUCCGGGCAGACUUGCGGGAGUACACGAGGAUGGAGCCAGGGACAGAGCAGCAUCUCCAGGAUGGAUCAGCUGACUGUCAGUUUCCAGGAAACACGCCUGGACUCUGAGCUUUUUCAAUCUGAUUUUGAUUAAGUCUGUUGCUGGCAUCAAAAGAGGCAGGAGGACAAUCUCCGAACAGAAAUGCUCCGAUUUAGGUUACCGCGUGUUUGAACGUGCUGCAAGCGUUUAACAGUUACCAGUUUGCAGCUUGCUACUCUGUUGGGGAGAGGUAAGAUCCUGUGGAGAAAUAAGUUUGUUUCAGGCUUUUCUUAAAAUACCAUUUGAAGACAAACCA